UUUCUGGAUCCAAAGCCUGAAUUCAUCUAUGCACCUUUGAUUCCUUGGACCGGAAAAGGACUGCUUAUCUUAGGUGGCACAAAAUGGCGUCAGCACACACAGUUACUAACACCAGCUUUUCACUAUAAUAUUUUGAAGCCCUAUGUGGCAGUAAUUACAGAUUCCACCAAAGUUAUGCUUGUAAGGAAGGUUGGCUUUUUUUCAGGUUAUACAAGCAGGUGCAAAAGGGACCAUUGUAAACUGAGCAGGACCAUUUCUAACAUGAAAUGUGCAUUCAGUCAAAAGAGCAAUUGCCAAACUGACAGAGACCUGGAUUAUUAUGUCCAAGCUGUGUCAGACUUAACUUUCCUGUCGUUUCGGAGAGUUGUCUCUACUAUACUUCGCAGUGAUUUCCUAUAUUCAUUUACCCCAUCAGGACAGCGUUUUAAACAGGCUUGUGAAUUGGCACACCACCAUACAGAAAAAGUAAUUGAAGAGAGAAAGAAAUCAAUACAUAAUGAAAGAGAGCUUGAAAAGAUUGAAAAGAAGCGACAUUUGGAUUUUUUGGACAUUCUUCUUUGUGCCAAAUCUGAAGAUGGAACCGGAUUAUCGAAUGAAGACCUCCGUGCUGAAGUGGACACUUUCAUGUUUGCAGGCCAUGACACAACAGCCACUGGCCUCUCUUGGCUACUCUAUAUAAUGGCUAAGCACCCAGAACAUCAGCAGAACAUCAGCAGAGAAGAAGUCAACGAAAUCUUGGGGGAUCGGGAAGACAUCCAGUGGGAUGAUCUUGGUACGAUGACCUAUUCCACCAUGUCCAUAAAAGGGAGUCUCCGUGUAUACUCCCCAGUUCCAACGGUGUCCCGAAAGCUCAGCAAACCUAUUGCUUUCGUUGACGGACGCCCUUUGCCUGAAGGUUUGCAAUUUCUUUAUUAA